AAAUGCCAACUCCCUCUGGGAAUGCAUAGUGUUGCCGUUUGCCACUGGGAGGCAGCGGGUUUCCUGUGUCUGGGUUGUUGGGAGUGAGGGUGCUCGUUCCAAGCAUGCUGUCUCCCAUCCCAGAGGAACCGCUGCUGCUGGCGGAGCUCAAGCCAGGGCGCCCCCACCAGUUUGACUGGAAGUCCAGCUGUGAGACCUGGAGUGUCGCCUUCUCCCCAGAUGGCUCCUGGUUCGCGUGGUCUCAAGGACACUGCAUUGUCAAGCUGAUCCCCUGGCCGCUGGAGGAGCAGUUCAUCCCUAAAGGGUUUGAAGCCAAAAGUCGAAGUAGCAAAAAUGAAACCAAAGGGCGGGGCAGCCCAAAGGAGAAGACGCUGGAUUGUGGUCAGAUUGUCUGGGGGUUGGCCUUCAGCCCGUGGCCUUCCCCACCCAGCAGGAAGCUCUGGGCACGCCACCAUCCCCAAGUGCCAGAUGUCUCUUGCCUGAUCCUUGCUACUGGACUCAACGAUGGGCAGAUCAAGAUUUGGGAGGUGCAGACAGGGCUCCUGCUUUUGAAUCUCUCCGGCCACCAAGAUGUCGUGAGAGAUCUGAGCUUCACACCCAGUGGCAGUUUGAUUUUGGUCUCUGCAUCACGGGACAAGACUCUUCGCAUCUGGGACCUGAAUAAACAUGGUAAACAGAUCCAGGUGUUAUCAGGCCACCUACAGUGGGUGUACUGCUGUUCCAUCUCCCCAGACUGCAGCAUGCUGUGCUCUGCAGCAGGAGAGAAGUCGGUCUUUCUCUGGAGCAUGCGGUCCUACACGUUAAUCCGGAAGCUGGAGGGCCACCAAAGCAGUGUUGUCUCUUGUGACUUCUCCCCCGACUCCGCCUUGCUCGUCACAGCUUCCUACGAUACCAAUGUGAUUAUGUGGGACCCCUACACUGGCGAAAGGCUGAGGGCACUCCACCACACGCAGGUCGAUCCUGCCAUGGACGACAGUGAUGUCCAUAUUAGCUCACUGCGAUCUGUGUGCUUCUCUCCGGAAGGCUUGUACCUUGCCACAGUGGCAGAUGACAGACUCCUCAGGAUCUGGGCCCUGGAACUGAAAACUCCAAUUGCAUUUGCUCCUAUGACCAAUGGUCUUUGCUGCACAUUUUUUCCACAUGGUGGAGUUAUUGCCACAGGGACAAGAGAUGGCCAUGUCCAGUUCUGGACAGCUCCUAGGGUCCUAUCCUCACUGAAGCACUUAUGCCGGAAAGCCCUUCGAAGUUUCCUCACAACCUACCAGGUCCUAGCACUGCCAAUCCCCAAGAAAAUGAAAGAGUUCCUCACAUAUAGGACUUUUUAAACGCUACAUAUCUUGUUUUCUUUGAAGCAGGAUAAAUCUUCCUGGCAAUGGAGUAGCUGGAAUAAUGGGCCAAACAUCUGGUCUUGGAUUGAAGUAGCAUCUCUUUGGGAUUGUGAAUAGAAUGUAGCAAAACCAGAUUCCAGUGGACUAGUCAUGGAUCUUUCUCUCCCUGGCAUGUGAAGAGACUUCCAUUUCUGCGGUGACAGGGCUUUACCUUAAAUCUUCAGUCCACUAUGAACAGCAAGUGUUGGACUCUUUCUAGUUGUUUUGAUUCAAAGUGCAGUUAUUGAUGUUGUUUUGAUAAUACUAAUAAGCUUCCAGAGCCUUUCUGGUGGCAGAGAGGUCCACAUUCCCUCAGCUGGGAAGGAUGACUUCUGCCUUGUACCCACCAUCCUUGUUUCCAAUGCAGUAGUAGCAUUGUUUAAAGUUCUCUCCUGCUGUGGUCAGAGUUGCUUCGAUGUUGGCAAGUGCUUUCUCCUCGGGCUUGCCUCUGACCAGCAGGACCAAGUUUUUGUGGGGCCAUUUGGUAUGAGGUAUUGAAUUAGCUUAACUAAAUUACAGGGGAAUCAGAGGCUAUGCUGACUGGUCCAGACACUAUUAUUGGCUUUUCUUUUUUUUCCCCUCAAACAAUGGUGUGCAUGUGCAGGAGAUGACAAAUUUGUAUGUCAGAUUAUACAAGGAUGUAUUCUUAAACUGCAUGACUGUUCAGAUGGCUACUGCGUUGUCAGCUGCCAUUUAUUAGCAUCAUAUUUAUUUGUAUUUUCUCAACAGGUGUUAAGGUACAACUGUGUUUUUCUCGAUAUCUAAAAACCAUAGUACUUAAAUUGAACAGUUGCGAAGAUGUGUCUUAAUUGUGUAAAGAAUUGGUGUUGUCAUGACUUUAGCUGAUGCUCUUAUGUACGAGAUCUGUCUUUGCUGUUUAACCUCAUUGGAUUAAUCAGCUGGUUUCAACUCUAUCCUUAAACAGAAAUAGCUUCUUAACAGUACUGUUCUCCUUCAGUGGCAUGUAGUUAUCUAAUCAAGACACCUCAUUCAAACAGAAUCUGCCUUAGGAAAAUUUAAUAUAUUUUAAAUUAUUUUAAAAGAAAUGCAACAUCUUGUUCUUUAGCUUUCUUAAUUGGUGCUCUAUGGAGGCCAGCGUAAUGUUUUAUGACUUGUUGAGAAAGUCGAGGAAUUUCCUCUACCACCUUUGUUGCUUGAAGAAAAACAUUUCCAAAUGAGAGGCUUUCAUUGAAGGAAAAAAAAA